AUGUCUAAUGUCCAAAAUGUUGCCAUAGUGGCAAUAAUAUGUUUACAAACGUUGUUCGGUUCUUUUAGUUCGACGAUUAAUCAAUAUAUAUACGCAUUCUAUUUGCAAACAUAUCCAAAUACAUCGACAAAUAUCGAGAAUGUUACUUUAACUACGAGUAGAUACCGUUCGUUGUACUGGUUGAAUGUGGCAGAGAAUGUGACAGAUGCUCAAUUAUGGGCACAACAGCGUUCAGCAGAAUUAGUAUUUUGGAUACAUUUGAUGAGCAGUGGUCCAGUGAUAAUCAUGACUUAUGUUCUUGGUUUGUAUACAUCUAAAUUAGGAAAACGUUUUGUGCUUAUUUUCACUAUGUUUGGUAUGGGUAUGGAAAUUGUUAUUUGGUUGGCAAUUAUUUAUUUUCAUUUGUCUGAAUAUUGGUGGUUUGUAGCUGCAGUCAUCGUUGGUUUAUCAGGUUCAAGUGGUGUUCUAGGUUUAACUUUAACGAUCAUGAUCACUGAAAAUACAGUAGAAAGUCAACGCUCAUCUCAAUUUGUACGUUUGAGCGCGAUGCAAACAGCUAUAUCAGCUAUGGCCACAUUUGCUGUAGGUUAUUACAUAGAGUGGCGUGGUUUUCUUAAUCUGUAUUGGGCUUCACUUUCCUUCCAAAUAUUAUCGAUAGUUAUAGUGAUCGUCUGCUUCAAAUCUGUUGAUACACAUUCUGAUGAGCGAACACCACUUUUGUCACCUCUAAAUGAUCAAACUCAAGAAUUGUCACCAACGAAUUGUGAUCAGUUUUUUCAAAUUUGUACAGUACUGCGCUCGAAUCAGCGAGCUAAGCAAAAAACUAUUAGUAUAUGGUUAACCCUCUCGGCCAACAUGUUCUAUCUAUUUGCCACGACAGCUUUCUCUCCAUUUCUUUGGUUUCUACUCAAUACGCCAUUCUGUUGGACAUCGAAAGAUAUUGGAAACUAUUCGGCAUUGAGUGCCAUCUCAUAUGCAGUAUUGAGUUUACUCGGCAUGAAAAUGUUUACCUGUAUAGGAGCGAAUGAUGCUAUUAUCUGUAUCAUCAGUCAUAUAUUCUUUUUUUCCUCAUGCUUAUGCACUGCAUUCGCUCAACAUAAUUGGCAAUUGUACUUGAGAUUAUUGCCAUGUGCGUUUUCGGGCUAUCAAGGUUCACUGACCACAUCGAUGAUAUCGAAAUGGUUGGAACCUCAUGAACGCAAUAGCAUAUUCACUCUGCUGACUCUAACGAAUACGAUUAUCUUUACAUGUGGAAGUACUUUAUUCAAUUGGAUAUAUGCGCGUGUAGUAAUCAGCCUUCCAAAUCUGACAUUUUUCAUAGCAGCUAUCCUCAGCCUCGUUGCUCUUGUACUGAAUAUAAUUCUUGUUUUUGUCUCCAGAAAGAUAAUCAAUGAAGAAUCACCUGUAUCUACAUCAAACGAUGCAAAUCCGAUGCCAAUUCACUUCCAACAAGAUGCAAUAGUACAUGUCGAUGAUACAAAUUGUCUCAUAAUUCGUUCUCGAUCAUCAUCCAUUACUUUACUAAAUACACCAUUUUUGAUUAGAUCUCGUGUGAACUCGAUCAGUUAUAAUGAAACACAGAAUUUACCUAAUAACACUGCAUGCGAUCAGAAUAUUUUGUAA